AGCUAUUAACAGUCACCUUGGUGUUAAAAAUGGUACCAUGCACUAUAUGACAUUUUAGUUACAACAUCUAUAAAUAUAGUCCAGUACUUAGCAUAAUUUGUUAGGAAGAUCAAAACUCAAAAGAUAUUUUAUCGAAAAGCUUAGUGGGAUAAUCAAAAAUGGGGGACAUCGAUGGAGUAAACUCUGCUCCAUUAUCACCUAGGCCAGCAUCGGUGGCUCCAACGCCGCCUAUAGCCCAAACUCCGUCCAUAAUAAUAUCAGCUCCUCCUUCGCAAUUCCAUUCCCCAUCUUUGACCCGCUCGCCACUCCUAACUCCCGGUGGCACUGCGAGGAAAACACCAAGAUUUCGAACUCCCCGGUUCAUUACUCCCUUGGGAAGCCCUAUAAGGAAGGCCCUGAAACUCACAAAGCUCGACCCACAGGAUGCUUGGCUUCCAAUUACUGAGUCCAGAAAUGGAAAUGCAUACUAUGCAGCUUAUCAUACCUUGUGUUCUGGUAUUGGAAUUCAGGCCCUUGUUCUCCCUGUCGCAUUCACCAUUCUUGGAUGGACGUGGGGUGUGAUUUGCUUGACCCUGGCAUUUAUAUGGCAGCUGUACACACUAUAUUUACUUGUGCAACUCCAUGAAUCACAAGAAAAUGGUAUUCGAUACAGUAGAUACAUGCAAUUAGCAAGUGCAACUUUUGGUGAAAAACUCUCCAAAUUCUUGGCUGCGUUUCCAAUCAUGUAUCUAUCAGGGGGUACAUGCGUGGCUCUGAUUGUGAUCGGAGGCUCAACCUCUAAGAUGUUCUAUCAGACUCUGUGUGGAGCCACAUGCACCUCUAAGCCAUUGACCACCGUGGAGUGGUACCUAGUGUUUACCUGUGCAGCGGUGCUUCUGUCUCAGUUGCCAAACAUGAACUCAAUUGCUGGUGUGUCUCUGAUCGGGGCUGUUACUGCCGUCGGUUAUUGCAUCAUGAUAUGGCUAGUGUCCGUUGCAGAGGGCAGGCUACCUAAUGUGUCGUACAAUCCAGUGAGAUCUGGCACGGAAAUCGCAAACAUUUUUGAUGUUCUGAAUGCACUUGGGAUCAUUUCUUUUGCUUUCAGAGGCCAUAAUCUAAUUCUUGAAAUCCAGGCUACCAUGCCUUCUGAUGAGAAGCAUCCCUCGAGCGUGCCAAUGUGGAGAGGUGUAAAAGGUGCAUAUACGAUCGUAGCACUGUGUUUAUUCCCACUUGCUAUUGCGGGCUAUUGGGCUUAUGGUCACAUGAUUCCAGCCAACGGCGGCAUGCUUACAGCGUUGUACGCGUUUCACAGCCAAGAUGUUGCACGGUCGGUACUAGGGUUGAUAAGUUUCUUCGUCAUAGUUAAUGCAGUGAGCUCAUUCCAAAUUUACGGUAUGCCAAUGUUUGACGACAUGGAAUCAGCUUACACUAAGAGGUCUAAGAAGCCAUGCCCGUGGUGGCUCCGAGCAAUCAUCAGAGCAAUGUUUGGAUAUGGGUGCUUCUUUGUUGCAGUGGCAAUUCCAUUCCUGGGUAGUGUAGCUGGUUUAAUAGGAGGAAUUGCAUUACCGGUGACUUUGGCUUACCCAUGUUUCAUGUGGCUUAAGAUGAAGAAACCGAGAAUGUAUAGUCCAGUAUGGUGGCUUAACUGGGGAUUGGGCCUUCUUGGAAUGGGAUUGAGUGGAAUUUUAAUUGCUGCUGGUCUCUACGUUGUGAUAGACACUGGUAUUCAAGUUAGCUUCUUUAAGCCUCACUAAUAAAUCGUGGAAUCAAAAUUCAAAUUCAGUAAGGAAUUUAGGGUUAGAAGUAGAAAUAAAUGGAUAAAAUGUAUGUGACCCUUGUCUCUAUUAUUAAUUUUUUAUUGAUCUUGUUUUCGAGGGAGAAUGUAAACUUGUACGAGUUAGUAAUAGGUGUAAUGCGAAGAAAUUCCAGUAUAUUUGUUACAUGUAA